UGAGAGCUAACCUCAGCUUCCACGCCUCAUUGGCUUAGCGAGUGUUUGGUGCAAAGUAUAAUACCAAAAUGAUGUAGUGCUUGCUUCGCAAUGCCAGGGGCCAUAGCGCUAGACCUUGACAACUCGUCAGCUCAUAUUUCUUGGGUUUCAACGUGGAUUCGCAAGCAACCCAGUCUUGCCAGCUGAUAAUAAGCUUGGGAACCCAAAGUUCUCAUCCAGCCUUCCUCCGUCUUUUCAACCUUUCCGACUGCCAAUUGUUGGCAUCUCGACACAAUGUCAACCGUUCAAUGAUCCUUAUCAAUUGCUUUUUGGCGAUCGGAAUCCACCAUUGCCCAAGAUGACGGGCGAAACGGGGCCAAUUGUCAACGUGGUGUCGCUACCUGUGGCUAUGGUCAUCGGAGGAUUUUUCGCACUGGCCUGCUACAACUGUAUUGAGAUCUACGGCUUCAUCUACUACACGUUCAAACGAAAGCAGGGACUCUACUUCUGGAGUAUGCUGAUGGCCAAUUCCGGGAUAUGGAUACAUGCAUUAGCUGUUCUACUGCGGUUCUUCAGUUUGGCACCAAAUCUGCCAAUGUCCGUCGUAAUCUGUCUCGGGUGGUUUCUCAUGGUCACCGGCCAGGCAUUUGUGCUGUACAGCAGGCUGCAUCUCGUUGUUGGCGACCCAAGGAAGAUACGAUGGGUACUCAUCAUGAUCGUCACAAUGUUUCUUGUGGUACAGAUCCCUACAGCUUUGCUGUUCAUCACGACCAAUUCGAACAUACCCACUCAACCUCUCUCUGAGAGGAUCUUCAUGGUUUAUGAAAAUAUCCAAAUCGCAGCAUUCACCCUACAGGAGACUAUCAUCUCGGGGCUUUAUGUGUACGAAGCUUCAGUUGGUUUGAAGUUGAUGGAUGUAAUCAAAGGCCCACGGGUGCGAGCUAUAAACAGAGAGUUGAUUGGGUUGUUCGUAUUGGUCGUCACACUCGAUAUUACGCUCAUGAUUACGGAAUAUACCGGCAACUUCCAAAUUCAAACAACAUACAAGCCUGUGGUCUACAGCAUCAAAUUGAAGGUAGAAGCGCUGGUCCUUAACAACCUUCUGUCAUUAGUUCAAUCGAGUACAUGUUCAUGCUGGGACUCUGUGGAGCGGCAGUACUCGCUUUCCGAACGGCGUCUCACCGAAUCUACGGUAAAUACGGGUCUUAGAGUCCCGCGCGCUGUUGAAACAAAUUCGUCGAUCAGGUCGACCUCGGAGGCGGCAGCUUGGAUGGACAACUGGGGCGGUAUAUACGAUGGGAGACCACGCUUCCCGAAGAAAAAGUCCAAAGAUUAGUAGCCAGACGUUCAACCAAAUUUAAGCGUCUUACAUUCAUUUCACAUCAUAGCUG